AUGACCAUCAGGAUGGCGAAUACUUCCCUUUCUGAGGCCUCGAUAUACAGUUGCGGGCCACCAGGGAUUUGUCAACCGGAAUCAGCUAUAACACCUCCCGACCGCCGACGUGGCUCACCAGCAUGCUGGUCAAUCCCCGCAGGAGUAUACACGGCUCGCGAGCUGGUCCGACGCUUCGCUCCCUUGCUAGAUACAGUUGUGCAUCAUCUGGGCCCUGAUCCACCAAAUACAAAGCCCGCACGCAUCGUGCUGCUAGACAACGUCGCCGCCAAUCUAUCCACGGACACGCGGGAGUCUUCACUGCCCUUAUACGAUCUCUCAGACAUCAGCCGCCGCGAAGUAAGAGACCAGGCCCGACGGAUAGGUCAGGUACUCGUCCAGUGGGCCCGCGAAUACACCGACGAACCGUAUGAUCCGGACCUGUACCUGCGCGGUCCCGGCGAUGGCCAUCUUCUCCUCCAGUCCAGUCUAGCAUUGAUGUAUGCCCGUUGCACCCGGCCACAUCACAUGCAACUUCUCAGUGAAUACAUGCGCCAGAUGGUCGUCCUACGCGACGCGCUGCUUCCCUUCCAAAACUUUUACGCAGUGCCGAUCCCGGUCGACGGCAGGGCACGCGGCAUUCGCCACCUCGAAGCACCACGGGAAAGGUUUCUCACCACUGUGUUCGCCGGACACAUCACACAGGCAUCCGUCGUAUCCUUAGCCCGGGCAGUGCUUGCCCCGGACCUCCCUGUCACAAUGACAGGCGGGUACGGCUUCCAGUAUACACAUGGUCUGAUCCUCCCAGCCAUACUGGCAGGCGGGGUGGUUCCAUACCAUUUGUUGCGGUAUGUUCCCUCGAAAAUGGAUUCCUCGGCAGUGGAGGUUCUCUUCGACUACCAUUUCCCGGAUUAUCAUGAGGCACCGCGCGGAGACAUACCGGCAGGACCGCCGACGAUAUUAACCCGCUAUCCAAUCGACCUUCCGAAUCAAAAAGAGGAGCUCCAGACAGCUGGCAUAGGGCUUCAGGCAGGGUCCUCGACAUCAGCCAUCCGGGGCCUCGAGCUGCGUCUGGAGUUCAAGAGUGGCGACACGGCAAGGGUGGACGUCGGGCAAAUCGCCCGCGGGCUACGGCACUCAUACGAGGCACGUGAAGAAACACGCGAUAGUACGACAAACCAUACCGUUUUCCUGCACUCUGCGUCCGAGAUCCUCAUCCAGCCGGGAUGGGGACUGAGCACAGCGGAGACGGCUGGAUUCCAUGUCAUACCGGUCGACGAUCCAACGAUUGCCUUGGCUUUGUUGGGGAAGUUGUACCCUCGAAACGUAAUCCUUCUACCGAAUGAUGAGCAACUAGGACAAACAGAUGAUGUUGGGGAGGACUCGGAAGCGAAGUUUGUCAUUUGGGGAGGGUUCAAGAGAGGUGGUCUUAAGGGGGUGUUUUAA